UUCAAGUGCGACGAGUGUGUGCAGAGUUUUAACCGGAACCAUGAUUUGAAGCGGCACAAGAGGAUCCAUCUGGCCGUGAAACCGUUUGCGUGCGAAAAGUGUGGCAAGCAAUUCUCUCGAAAAGACGCUCUGCGUCGACAUUGGCUGGUCAAGGGAUGCAAG